AUGGUUUCCACUUCAAGUCCAGCAGAGGUGAAGGAACAAGAAACCAGUCCUUCUGGUGAAGGAAUGAGGACCGUUCGAUCAAUCAUGAGGCUGCUUCUGAUGGUGGUGUUUGUUGGGUACAUGAUGAUCUGGAUCAUCAUGCCCACCAACACUUACUAUCUGAAAUGGUUCCCUCAUAUUCAUAAAAAAACUGAUUCCACGUAUUUUGGCCAAGAAGGUGCAGACAUACUUAUUUACACAUUCCCCAUCCUAUUUACAGCAACCAUGGGCUGCUUAUUGCUCCACAUGGGAAACAAAAAUGUUGACAUUAACAACCAAAGGGCGAAAAAAUCAUACCGGGCAUCAUGGAAUCGGCCUGCGCUGGUGAAAGGUCCUUUAGGAAUUGUUUCUUGGAUAGAGCUUUCUUUCCUGGUGAUGUUCAUUGCCUUACUUGUCUGGUCUAUCUCUUCUUACUUACACGACAUGUUUGCAUAUGCCACCCUGGAGGCUGCAGCCAAGAAAGAGCAUGUGUGGGAAAAUAAGUUGGGAAGUGUAGCACUAACACUAGGGAUGGUUGGGAACAUUGGCCUAGCCUUUCUCUUCUUCCCUGUGAGCAGAUGCUCUUCCAUUCUGCAGAUCAUUGGCCUCACAUCAGAGGCAAGCAUCAAGUACCAUAUCUGGCUAGGGCAUCUUGUCAUGACGCUCUUCACGGCUCACGGUUUAUGUUACGUAGUCUAUUGGGGGAGCACUAAUCAAAUUUCAGAGAUGUUGAAAUGGAACAAGGUAGGUGUUUCGAAUGUGGCAGGAGAAGUUGCUCUGCUUGCAGGACUAGCCAUGUGGGCUAUGAGCAUCCCUCCCAUCAGGCGCAAGAUCUUCGAGCUCUUUUUAUACACUCACCAUCUCUACAUUGUCUUCCUUGUCUUCUUUGUGUUUCACGUGGGGUUCUCCUAUGCGUGCAUCAUGCUCCCGGGCUUUUACCUCUUCCUGAUUGACAGGUUCUUACGUUUCUUGCAAUCUCAGCGUAGAAUUCGCCUGGUUUCAGCCCGUGUUCUUCCCUGUGAGGCGGUUGAGUUGAACUUCUCCAAGAGUCCAGGACUGAAUUAUUCUCCAACAAGCAUGGUGUUUGUAAAUGUGCCUGGUAUUUCAAAGCUGCAAUGGCAUCCUUUUAGUGUUACUUCUAGCAGCAAAUUCGAUCAUGACAAGCUGAGUGUUGUCAUCAAAAGCGAUGGAAAUUGGUCUCAGAAGUUGUAUCAGGAACUGUCAUCCUCUCAGCCUGCAGACUGCCGAGAAGUCUCGGUGGAAGGACCGUAUGGACCUGCCUCAAGCAACAUGCUAAGGCACGACACGAUAGUGAUGGUGAGCGGAGGAAGCGGUAUUACUCCGUUAAUCUCCGUCAUCCGUGAGCUCCUCUUCGAAGCCAAUAACUUAGGCGGCAAGGCUCCAAAAAUUUUACUCAUAUCUGUUUUCAGGAAAACACUAGACCUCACCAUGUUGGACCUAAUCCUUCCCGUUUCCGGCACAAACCUCGACAUUUCUCGCUUGCAAUUGCAAAUCGAAGCUUAUGUGACAAGAGAGAAAGAACCCAUGUCAGAAUCCUACAAACCCCUCCAAACAAUUUGGUUCAAGCCGAACCCUUCAGACGCGCCGGUUUCUGCAAUUCUAGGCCAAAAUAGCUGGCUCUGGCUUGGAAUGAUCAUAUCGUCGUCUUUCGUCAUCUUUCUUGUGCUGAUGGGCAUCCUCACAAGAUAUUACAUCUACCCAAUUGACCACAACUCCAGCAUGAUAUAUUCUGACUCAGCUAGAUCUGCCUUAAACAUGUUAUUUUUAUGCGUAUCUAUAGCCACAACUGCAACAGCAGUUUUCUUAUGGAACAAGAAACAGACCCUCAAGGAGAUGGGGCAGAUUCAAGUCCUGGACACACCAACACCGACAACUGCUUCGCCGAGCGGGCGCUUUGCCGUUGCUGAGCAAGAACUCGAAAACCUUCCCCACCGUUCUUUCGUCGAGUCAACAACCGUGCACUAUGAUAGAAGACCAGAUCUUAAGAGGAUACUAUCUGAGCGUGAAGGUUCGAGCAUUGGGGUUCUUGUUAGUGGCCCAAGAAAGAUGAGGCAAGAAGUGGCUGCAAUUUGCUCAUCUGGCUUGGCCAACAACCUUCAUUACCAUUCCCUGAGCUUCAGUUGGUAA